AUGGCAAAUAAAAUACUAGAUCCAAUUUUUAGAUUAUACGAUCCGAUUCGUUAUUCAUUUAACAAGAAAAAAGAGGAUUAUAUUAUCAUCUCACCGACUGUUGGUUCUAAAUCUCAAUUGAAUGAUGGUGGUAGAAUUAUCUUCGAAAUAAAUUCAUUAUCGAAUUGGUUGCUUCUUUCAGAUGCUUAUUUCAGAUGCGAUUUCAACAUUAAAGAUGGAACUCAGAAUCAAGUUCCUCAAACUAAUACAACGUUAGAAAACAAUUUCUUUCCAUCUUUGUUUAGCGAGAUGGUUUUGGAAGCUGGUUCAAAUCCGAUAGAAACAAUUAAACACCCUGGGGAAUUCGACACAAUGUUGAAAACAGUUUUAUAUCCUAAAGAUUUCGAUUCAGUCUCAGGUUUGAUACCCGAUGUUGGUGAUGGAAGCGUUUUAAAAGAACCUGUAAGAAAUGUUGCAAAUGAUGCUGAUUUGGAUAGAGUGAGAGUUGUUGCUCGAAACACAAUAGAAAGAGUAGCACGAGCAGCUAAUCAUAGAUUUGAAAAACAAGUACUUCAGUACAAUAAUAUUGUUGAGAAUAAUAGGGGUAAUUACAUAAAUUGGAAAUUAUAUCCUUUAUUCGGUCUGUUGGAGCAUAGAAAAGUUUCCAUAGGGUUACCAUAUAAAAUUCAUCUACAAAGAGAAAUCAACGACGAUAAGAUAUUCUUUGGAGAAAAUGGUUCAGAUGCAAAAUUAGAAAUAACGAAUCUCCAAUUUUUCAUACCUGUAAUAACACCAUCAAUUGAAGUAGAAACGAGAAUAUUCAACUCAUUAACUAAAGAUAUUGAAAUAGCUUUUCUUCAUCGUAACACAGUAGGUGGCAUGACUUUAACGGGAGAAUCCACCACAUGGCCAAUCACUAACACUAUUAAACCAGCAAGAUAUUUAAUGGGUGGCAAUGAACCAAACUCAAAAUCCUUUAAUCCAUAA